CGUGGAUGGCGCCUCCUGCCGGAGGGAGAGGGCAGGUCCAUCCAGUCUGCAGGCGGCGCCGGCAACUACGGCAGACACACUGCUCACUGCUCACUGCUCACCAGCCUCUGGACACUCCAAGCUAUGGACCCGGCAGCCGCUUCCCAGUGGGCGGCUCAGACAGCCAGCAUGUGCCCCGUGGGCGGCGCCGCCGGCGCGCUGUUCGUGCAGCUGCUGGCAACGCUGGUGAGGGCGCAGUGCCUGCUGUCGGAGCGCAGCGCCUACCCGCCGGACACGGCGCUCCCGCUGCCGGAGUACGACUUCGUGGUGGUCGGCGCCGGGUCCGCCGGCUCCGCGGUGGCCGCCCGCCUCUCGGAGAACCCCGAGUGGAAGGUGCUGCUGCUAGAGGCGGGGGGCGACCCGCCGCCCACCUCCGACAUCCCCAGCUUCUACCCUCUGCUGGCCAAGACUGAGGUGGACUGGGCCUACCUGACCGAGCCAGACGGGCGGUCGUGCCUGGCGUUCAAGGGCGGGCGCUGCCCGAUGCCGCGCGGCAAGGCUCUGGGCGGCACCAGCGCGCUCCACGCCAUGAUCCACAUCCGCGGCAGCCCUCAGGACUACGACGCCUGGGCCGCGCUGGGCAACGACGGCUGGGCAUACCGGGACGUCCUCCCGUUCUUCAAGAAGCUGGAGGCUUUCGACGAGAAGGAGCUGAAGAGGAGGCCGCACACCGAGUCGGUCCACGGCCGCGACGGUGCCAUCCGGGCUACAAAGUCAGAGUUCCCACUUUCCUACAUGGUCGCUCUGGAAGAGGCUGCCCGGGAGCUGGGGUUCAAAAUUAUCCAGGACUACAGUGCCGAGCCGAACCUGGGGUUCGGACACGUACACUACAAUAUCGAGAACGGGACCAGGUGGAGUGCCGCUCGUGGGUACCUAGCGCCAGCCAAGGAUAGGAAGAACCUGCACGUCGCCAAGUCCGCAUACGCGACGAAGGUGCUCGUCGAUCCGAAUACAAAGGCGGCGUAUGGUGUACAGUUCGUAAAAAACGGCGAGGUGAAGGAAGUUAGAGCUAAGAAGGAGGUUAUCGUUUCGGCAGGAACUAUCGACACCCCUCACAUACUGAUGCACUCGGGAAUAGGACCAAAGGACCACCUGGAGGAGUUCGGCAUAACUGUAAUAAAGGAUCUGAAAGUCGGAUACAAUCUACAGGAUCACCAGGUUUACACUGGGCUCUACUACACGAGGGAGCCUCCGCCGAAGAAGUCGCUCGAGGAAGCCGCCUUCGAGUACCUGUUGAACAGGACGGGGUUCCUGUCGGCCAGCAGGACCAGCACGUUUACAGGAUUCGUCCGGACGGAUCAGGCGCCUCCCAACCGAGUCGGGCUCCCGGAGGUGGACUCGCCGAGCUACCCGGACGUGCAGAUGCACUACUCGUACGUGGAGAGAGGGCAGUCGGGCGCGCUGGCCGAGUUCUACAACUACGGGGAGGAGGCGGCGGCGGCCCUGGCGCGGCUGACGGAGCGCGACGACGCGCUGCUGGCGAUGCCGACGCUGCUGGCGCCGACGAGCCGCGGCCGCGUGCGUCUGGCCGGCGCCGACCCGCGCCUGCGGCCGCUGGUCGAGGCGGGCUACUACGCCGACCCGCGCGACCUCGACAACCACGUGGCCGGCGUCGCGGUCGCGCACCGCGUGGGCGCCACGCGGGCGAUGCGCGCCGCCGGCUACUCGGUGCGCGACCUGCCGCUUGCGGCGUGCGCCGACCGGCCGCCGCUGACGGAGGACUACUGGCGCUGCGCGCUGCCGCACCUCGCGACGACGCUCUUCCACCCGGUGGGCACCGCCAAGAUGGGUCCGGCCGGCGACGCCGACGCCGUCGUAGACCCGCAGCUGCGCGUCCACGGCGUGCGCAACCUGCGCGUGGCCGACGCGUCCGUCAUGCCGCUGAUCGUGCGCUGCAACACCAACGUGCCAGCCAUCAUGAUCGGCGAGAAGUGCGCCCACAUGGUCGCCCAGCACUGGCGCCGCCGCGACGACGCUCACCCGCUCAAGGAGGAGUUGUGAAGAGACAACCUUUCCCGUAUGCCAGUCGAGAUAACCGGUUCACGUAAUGUGGUCCGUAUUCAGACCAUAUACGUAGUGACACAGUAACCUAUCUUACAGCUAAUCUACAGCGUGUUUCAUAUUUCAUGUUACACAUUUCUAAAGGUUGUAGAGGCCACUUUAGGAGAUCAGUUUUUACAUAGGAACUCAUGUUCUGAAACGUAAUACUAAGACACUACAGAGCGUCAAAGUUAAUAGGUGCCGGUGUCUAUACAAGGUGUUACAAAAGGUACGGCCAAACUUUCAGGAAACAUUCCUCACACACAAAGAAAGAAAAUAUGCUAUGUGGACAUGUGUCCGGAAACGCUUACUUUCCAUGUUAGAGAUUUAUUUUAUUACUUCUCUUCAAAUCACAUUAAUCGUGGAAUGGAAACACACAGCAACAGAACGUACCAGCGUGACUUCAAACACUUUGUUACAGGAAAUGUUCAAAAUGUCCUCCGUUAGCGAGGAUACAUGCAUCCACCCUCCGUCGCAUGGAAUCCCUGAUGCGCUGAUGCAGCCCUGGAGAAUGGCGUAUUGUGUCACAGCCGUCCACAAUACGAGCACGAAGAGUCUCUACAUUUGGUACCGGAGUUGCGUAGACAAGAGCUUUCAAAUGCCCCCAUAAAUGAAAGUCAAGAGGGUUGAGGUCAGGAGAGCGUGGAGGCCAUGGAAUUGGUCCGCCUCUACCAAUCCAUCGGUCACUGAAUCUGUUGUUGAGAAGCGUACGAACACUUGGACUGAAAUGUGCAGGAGCUCCAUCGUGCAUGAACCACAUGUUGUGUCGUACUUGUAAAUGCACAUGUUCUAGCAGCACAGGUAGAGUAUCCCGUAUGAAAUCACGAUAACGUGCUCCAUUGAGCGUAGGUGGAUGAAACUAAAAUAAGCUCUAACAUGGAAAUUAAGCAUUUCCGGACACAUGUCCACAUAACAUCUUUUCUUUAUUUGUGUGUGAGAAAUGUUUCCUGAAAGUUUGGCCGUACCUUUUUGUAACACCCUGUAUACAGGAUGAAAAGUAUUUAAACCGACAAACUCUGGGAGGUUGCAGGGGGCAUCAAAACAAAUAUUUUUCCCUAUUGUCAUUUUUCCCUAUGAGGAGUAUUUAAACCGGUGGAGGAAGAUUUCUCUGGCGGCAAAUUAAUUAAACCAACAAACACUUUUCCAUUUUUUAUGACCAAGAGACAACACAUUAACACAGCCCAAUUUCAAUUACAGUAGAUUUUCAAAAAUUGACACGUAAACAAAGGUUACAAAGUCAGAUCAUGUUCUGUCUGACACGGGCAAAAACCCCGGGAGUAUCCUGAAUCGUUCCUGCUGCUGCUACUAUCCGGGCAACCAGAUCCUCUUCUGAUGCAACAGGGGUUGCGUAAACAAGGUUUCGCAUCUCUCACCACACAAAAAAGUCCAGAGGGGACAUACCUGGGGAUCGAGAAGGCCAUGGUACAGGACCACCUCUGGCAAUCCACGUUUCUGGGAACCGUCUGUCCAGGAAUCGACGCACACGACGACUCCAAUGUGCCGGCGCCCCGUCAUGUUGGAACCGCAUGCGUUCUCUUGUACGGAGCGGGACGUUUUCCAGCAAUUCUGGCAAUGAUCUGGCGAGAAAAUUGUAAUAGUACCUGCAAUUUAAUGGCCUGGGUAGCAGAUACGGCCCAGUUAAACAGUGCCCAACGACACCGACCCACACAUUAGCAAAGAACCGCACUUUAUGUUCGCCAGUAACUGUGGCAUGUGGGUUAUCCUAACUCCAAACGUGCGAAUUGUGCAUGUUGAAGACUCCAUCAAGCCCGAACUUUGCUUCAUCGGUAAACAACACAGAGGAUGGAAAUGUAGGAUGCAUUUCACAGUUUCCCUGGUACCACUGCGAAAACUGUGCUCUGGGUGGAUAAUCAACUGGUUCCAGGUUGUGGACACGCUGUAAGUGAAAUGGACGUAACAAAUGCUCUCGAAUGACUGUUCUUACAUUCGUCUGAUUCGUCCCGAUGUUACGUGCAAUUGCACGAGUGCUGAUUGAAGGAUCCCGCUCCACAUGCUGCAAGACAUCUUCCUCAAAUUGCAACGUUCUUACCGGGCGACGGCGUCCCUGUCCAGGUAAUCUGCUAAAUGACCCGGUCUCACGCAGACGUUGGUACACAGCAGCAAAGGUCGCAUGAUGCGGGAUACGGCGAUUACGAUAUUGUUGUUGAUAAACCCGCUUUGCAGCUCGUCCGUCGUGUACGCACCAACCAUAUCAGUGUACUCACUCCAGGUAUAUCGCUCCAUUAGUAAACAGAGAUAAUGCUCUGUUACACUGGUGGACAGCAGUUGCCUACAACUGAAGAGCGUAAUACGCCCUCUAACAACUGAAGAGCGUAAUACGGCCUCCACCGGUUUAAAUACUCCUCACAGGCAAAAAAUGACAUUAGGGAAAAAUAUUUGUUUUGAUGUCCCCUAUAACCUCCUAGAGUUUGUCGGUUUAAAUACUUUUCACCCUGUAAGCGUGCAUAUACAGGGUGAUCUCGUGAUGAUAUUUCAAACUUUCUAAGAUAAAGGAGAAGGAUUAAUGUAUCAAUUUGAGGUAAGGGCCCCUGUUGGUUGGUUAAUUUGGGGAAAGGGGACCAAACAACGAGGUCAUCGGUGCCAAGUAAGGGAGUCGAAAUUUACAAGCGAAAACCGUUCUGAUAUCUCUGACAGUGGAAUUCAUUUUUCGGUACCGUUGCUGUUAAGAUUGUAGGGUAGGCAGCUUUCAGAGGUGGUAGUAUGGACCAAAAGAAGAAAAAAAAGUCCGUUAAACAUGGGCUCUAAAAUUCAUACAUUAAGAACUAUGAGCAUUUCUUCAAUAGAUGCACUGGGACAGAAUCAGGACAUCGUAUACCGUAUCCUAUACUUGAGACGAAUCCAGAAAGUUUACUAAUUUGUGAAUCGAACGUAACUAGGGGUAGAAUUAAAUUGUGCCUCCACAUGAAAGCACAUUGUCUGUUUUUCACCAACACGGAGGACCAUCUUACUAUCGCACUUUUGUAUUAUUUUAUACUUCUGAUAUGUGGAGUUCAAAAUCAAAUACACCUCUCCCGAAGCAGUUCGAUGCAACUCUCAAAAGUUCUAGAGAAAACAAACUUGUAAAUUUUCCGGCCUUGUUUACUAUGCUAAACGAACAGUGUGUCUCUCUAGUAGCGUGCUUGUUCGCUGCAUGGAGACCUGGGUUCGAUUCAUGGUGAAUUCAAAUUUUUAAACAAAAGGCACACGUUCUAUGAGCAUUUUACGUGAAGCAUAGAAUGAAAAGUGGUAGAAAUAAUAUAGUUUGUAAGUUUUUUUCACUAUAAACUCUUGGUUAACAAUCUUGUAUAAAAGACAGGUAACUAAGAAUUUUAAUGAAAACUGGAUGUUUGUGUGCAGUAUACAGUUAGAAAUAAGGAGACUUGGAUCCCUCAUAAAAAUGUCUAUUAGAUGUGUUAAUUAACACAUAUUUCAUAAAUUUAAUAUUUAAAUGACGCAGCUAUUCGAACUGAACACAAAAAACGAAAAAAAUAGUUGUCAGUUCUUUUAUUUUCAAGAACUGAUGCAGUCGCACGGACUAGUUCGAGAAGUAUGUGUAUAUCGUACCUCGAAAAAUUUGGCGUUCUUCUUUUGUUUUCGAUUUCACCAAACAUAAACGAACGGACUAGUAACGAGAUAUAACCGCUUCUGCUUUUUGACGAAAGUCAGAGUAUGUGACAAU